CUUGUUGAACAAACGUCAUCACAUGGCUCAGCUUGCGUCUCGCUCUUCUGUGGAUCUUCAUACUCAGCUGUUCUUUAAAGAUCGAGUAAGUAUUGAAGAAGCCUUUGUAUUGUUUGUGCGUAGAAAUGCUCUUCAAGUUUUGAUUCCAAAAUAUGGGAUCGAAGGAAACAUAUUUUUGCGGGAAACGACAUCGCGAAGUAAAUUCAAUGAAGAAGAGAUGUCAAUAACCAUUGGUGAUGUGACGUUUAAAGUUUUUUCUAAGAUUCGCGUGCAGAUAAAAGUCGAUACGUCUGCAUCCAAAUAUCGAUUUGUCAAUAUAAUGCUUAUGGAUCCUUACGUCCCUGGCCUUAGUGUUGAUGAAAUUGAUGAUGCUAGCAGUGUAAACUCUUUACAACCAGAAUUUAAAAAACUACGAACUGCUUGAUGAAUGAAAAUGAUAAAGGUUGCAUUUGUCACUUUAAUCCGGGGUUGUUGAUGAAAAGUACUUCUCCACAGAUACAUUAGCUAAUGUAUUUUAUCGUUUUGAAAAGAUUGUAGUUUUUCAAUGCAAAUGUAUUUUAAUUGAAAUGAUUUGUAAAACGUUGUAAAUACGCGUAACUAAUCUCUCUCACACUAAGUAUAUGAAAACUUGUAUAAAUUUACGAAUAUCAUGGACGCACAACAAACGAGCUAAAUGAGUAAUUUAAUGAUUUAGAUGCUAAUGUUUUAAAAAAUCUGGAGAUAAGACGUGGA